AUGGAGCAGGCGGGCCAGGAUUUCUACGGAGGCGGGUUCAACGACUGGCCCAUCCUUCUACGUCCACUAUGUGGAACUCUGACGCUAGUCAUGGGGACUGCUAAAUUCAUUUUCUACAUUCUGUUACCUCUUAUCGCCACCGGGGCCAUCCUAUUCGGAAUCGUUGCGCUGAUAAUCUAUGUGAUCGGAGCUCUCAUUAGCUUGAUCCCUGGUAAAGGCAAAGAUGGCACACGGAAGAAAAGUGACGAUGAUAAAAAGGCCCGCGGAGGUGUUGAACGUCGUCUAGAGGCUGGCGAGUUUAAAAGUUGA